AUGGCAGAAGCUAAGACUCACUGGCUUGGAGCAGCCCUGUCUCUCAUCCCUUUAAUUUUCCUCUUCUCUGAGGCCGAAGCAGCUUCAUUUCAGAGAAACCAGCUGCUUCAGAAGGAACCAGAUAUCAGAUUGGAAAAUGUCCAAAGGUUUCCCAGUCCUGAAAUGAUCAGGGCUUUGGAGUACAUAGAAAAGCUCCGACAACAAGCUCACAAAGAAGAAAGCAGCCUAGACUACAAUCCCUACCAAGGUGUCUCUGUUCUCCUUCAGCAAAAAGAAAAUGGUGACUUGCCAGAAAGUUCAAGGGAUUCCCUGAGUGAAGAUGAGUGGAUGAAGAUAAUACUUGAAGCUUUGAGACAGGCUGAAAAUGAGCCCCAGUCUGCACCAAAAGAAAACAAGCCCUAUACCUUGAAUUCAGAAAAGAACUUUCCAAUGGACAUGCCUGAUGAUUAUGAGACUCAACAGUGGCCGGAGAGAAAGCUCAAGCACAUGAGAUUCCCUCCUAUAUAUGAAGAGAAUUCCAGGGACAACCCCUUUAAACGCACAAAUGAAAUAGUAGAGGAACAAUAUACUCCUCAAAGCCUUGCUACGUUGGAAUCUGUCUUCCAAGAGCUGGGGAAACUGACGGGACCAAACAACCAGAAGCGUGAAAGGGUUGAUGAGGAGCAAAAACUUUACACAGAUGAUGAAGAUGAUAUCUACAAGGCUAAUAACAUUGCCUAUGAAGACGUGGUUGGGGGAGAAGAUUGGAACCCAGUAGAGGAAAAAAUAGAGAGUCAAACCCAGGAAGAGGUAAGAGACAGCAAAGAGAAUAUAGAAAAAAAUGAACAAAUCAAUGAUGAAAUGAAGCGUUCAGGGCAGCUGGGCCUCCAGGAUGAAGAUUUCCAGAAAGAGAGUAAAGACCAACUCUCAGAUGAUGUCUCCAAAGUAAUUGCCUAUCUGAAAAGGUUAGUGAAUGCUGCAGGAAGUGGGAGGUCACAGAAUGGGCAAAACGGGGAAAGAGCAACCAGGCUUUUUGAGAAACCACUUGAUUCUCAAUCUAUUUAUCAGCUGAUUGAAAUCUCAAGGAAUUUACAAAUACCCCCUGAAGACUUAAUUGACAUGCUCAAAACUGGGGAGAAGCCAAGUGUAUCAGUGGAACCAGAGCAGGAGCUUGAAAUUCCCUUUGACCCUGAAGACAUCUCAGAGGUGGACUUAGACCAUCCAGAUCUGUUCCAAAAUAAGAUGCUCUCCAAGAAUGGCUACCCCAAAACACCUGGUCGUGCUGUGGCAGAGGCUCUACCAGAUGGGCUCAGUGUUGAGGACAUUUUAAAUCUUUUAGGGAUGGAAAAUGCAGCAAAUCAAAAGCCUCCAUAUUUUCCCAAUCAGUAUAACCAAGAGAAGGUUCUGUCAAGACUCCCCUAUGGUCCUGGAAGGUCUAAAGCAAACCAACUUCCCAAAGCUGUCUGGAUGCCAGAUGUUGAAAACAGACAAAUGGCAUAUGAAAACCUGAAUGACAAGGAUCAAGAAUUAGGGGAGUACUUGGCCAAGAUGCUAGUUAAAUACCCUGAAAUCAUGAAUUCAAACCAAGUGAAGCGAGUUCCCAGUCAAGGCUCAUCUGAAGAUGAUCUACAGGAAGAGAACCAAAUCGAGCAGGCCCUCAAAGAACGUUUGAAUCAACACAGCUCUCAGGAGACUGACAAACUGGCCUCGGUAAGCAAAAGGCUCCCUGUGGGGUCCCCAAAGAGUGAUGAUACCCCCAACAGACAGUACUUGGAUGAAGAUCUGUUAAUGAAAGUGCUGGAAUACCUCAACCAAGAAAAGGCAGAAAAGGGAAGGGAGCAUAUUGCUAAGAGAGCAAUGGAAAAUAUGUAA